GCAGCUGAAUUGUUCUGCAGUAGCCUAAACAUGUUUUGAUGCUGCUGUUAGGCUACAGCGCGAGCUCGAUCGCAUCCUGCUCUCAUUCAUCUCAUUAGUUGGCGUGAAUGUGCUGUGUUUGAUGCACAAUAGUUACUAGCAUCCAGCUGCAAACGGUUAGUGGUAGUGUAACACUAACGUGGAUACAAAGGCUGGAACACAGCGAACCUUCUCCUAGAACACCGCAAGUAUUGCUUUUACUGGUUCGACUUGUACUUUGCUUUUCUGUCUGAGCAUUAGAAAAGCUAGCUCCGCAGAUCUGUGCUGCAUUUCUCCGGUAUUUCGACUGAUUUUUGGCGGUGAUGUGCUACAAGACGUUCAAGUUGCAUCUAUUUGUCACUCAGUGUCUAUUCGAGAGACCUGCUGCACGAGAUUCGGAUGUAAGCUUCUGGGUUAUUGCGUGAACUGCAGAAAGAAAAAGAAAACACACAAUUUUCCAGGUGCCAAAGUCCUGCAUAACAGACUUCAGAGAAUCAGAUUUCAGGAAAAAUGAAACAUGUGUGCCCUGGGACUGGAUGCUCUUACCAGCACACCCCACUUCCACCAUGACACCCAGCAGAGGAUUCUGGGAUUGACACAAGCAUCACUCCCACUGAUGGCCUGGACCAGGUUUCAGCUGGCCUGCUGAAGCUAUGGGGAGCUGCUGGAGCUGUCUAUACAGAGACGCUCUCCGAGACAACCAUCUCAACAAAUUUAAGGUGACCAAUGUGGACGAUGAGGGAAAUGAGUUGGGCUCAGGAACAAUGGAGCUCACACAGACAGAGCUCAUCCUGCACACACGUAAACGUGAUGCCAUCCGGUGGCCAUACCUUUGCCUGCGUCGAUACGGUUACGAUUCCAACCUCUUCUCUUUCGAGAGUGGCCGUCGAUGUCAGACAGGACAAGGGAUCUUUGCAUUCAAGUGUUCUCGUGCAGAAGAGAUCUUCAACCUGCUGCAGGAGUUGAUGCAAUGUAACAGCAUCAAUGUGGUGGAGGAGCCCAUGAUCAUGACCCGGCCUGGGCAUGCACCAGAGAUGGACAUGCCUCGAACUCCACAGACACCCAAUACCCCUGCAUUCCCGAUGCAGGGUUUUCCUAAUGGAUACCCAGGAUACCCAAUCAGUGCAGACUCAUCGCAGCCCUCUCUCACCAACGAUCACAGACACGGCCUCAUGGGACUGGAAGACCAAACCCAUACAUAUGUGAAUACAGUGGGCAUGGAAACUGACCUCUCAAGCCGCCACUGUGUCCACUCCCUGCCCGAAGUGCGGCCCACCACCUACCCGGAAACCUCAACUACCACCACCAUACGUGGGGGCCCAGUCCCAGGACAGCCCAGCAUGCACUGUUGCUCCCUGGAUGACCCUCACAAAGACCCUCAGGUCUUCCUCCAGCCUGGAGCCCAGGAGGUGAAGUUCAUGUUAGGUCCGACCCCAGCACAGCGCCACCUUAUGGAAAGAGACAGAGACCGCCAUAUCACUCACCCCCUUCGAGCACCAGAUGGCAGCUCUGAAACAGAAGGAGAGGAGACUCCGACCGUACACAUGUGCAACACACACUCUUACCACCAUUGCCAUCAUCUAAUCCACCGACACCCUAGCAUGGAGCCUUGCCCGGAAAGCCAGCUGACAUAUGAGAAUAUCAACGGACUCCGUGGGGCACGUAGGCAACGUCUGAGUCCGAGCACUGUGUCUCAAUCUCAGUCUUUGGGCUCCAGUAGCAGUAGCAGCACCACCGGUGAUUCCCGCUCACACAUGCAUCCACACUCUCUCCCGCUAACGCACACACAUGCUUCCCCGCUGCCUCCACAGGGAUAUGGGUGUGACCGGGGAAUGGGGGUCGGUGGUCAUCGGCGCACCACGUUGCUCAACUAUGAGAACCUUCCGUCACUCCCCCCGGUUUGGGAAUACCGUGCGCUUCAGCGUGAGGAAGAAGAGGAUCAGGAUGAAGACGAGGAUGAGGACGAAUAUGAGGAGGAAGAGGAAGAAGAAUAUGAUGAGUAUGAGUAUUCCGAAGGGCCCAUAACCCCAAAUGGAUACCAUCAAGAGAGUGGUGGCAGCGGUGGGAUUCAUCGUGAUGCCCUACAGAACUAUGUUAACACUGAACAGCUACAGCCUCCAACACGUCUUCGUCACUCUUGCCCUCCCCACCCUCACCCGCCUGAGAGGGCCAACCGAGUUUUCAACUUCGACUUCAGACGUCAGCGAGCGGGACGUGGCAGCGGCACCUGUGAGCAGCACAGCCGUCACCCGCCUCCUCCUCCCUCUCGCCAGCUCAACUACAUCCAGGUGGACCUGGAGGGCGAGCCCUCCAUUUGCUCGGGACAUGGAGGAGGGGCUCCGGUACCACAGAGACCCCCUCCCCUCAAACGUGGCAUGGCUGCCGCCACCGCAGCAGCUCCGUCCUCCCGCCGUGGAGAAUGCUACGCCGUGAUUGACCUGAAGAAGACAGCAGCCAUGUCCAACCUACAGAAGGCUCUCCCUCGGGAUGACGGCACCUCACGGAAGACACGCCACAACAGUACCGACUUACCUCUGUGAGCGGGAAAAAGAGAGUUACAGGUAUGACAGGAAUAAAAAUGAGGGAAAUGUUCGGGAAAGAGCGUUUUGGUGGUAUUUCCUCCCACCAUUAUAGUGAAGCCUCUAUUUUCUCAUUUUCUACACUCAUACCAACUGCUGCUUGAUGAAAUAGUAACUCCAUUGAGCCGAACACUGAACAUUUUAUUGUAUUUUUUUUUUCUCACAUUUUGCGUGGGAAGGUUGGAAGAUGAUAGUUGACUACUUAUCACCGUGGUUUUUGGUUGCUGUCUGGGCUUUGGGCCAAAGAAUUGGGUUCAGAAAAAAAUACUUCAUUCAGGAAACAAUCUGUAAUGUCUUAAUCCUUUUUUCAGUUUUGGUUUGUUUUUUAUACUUGUCAUUUAUGGUUUGUUGAUUUAAAGGAAUAGAUCACCCAAAAACUAAAACAGCGGCCUGCUAGAUAACCAAAAUAUCAUAUAUAUUUUGAGUGAAAUUAAGAUGAAUAGUAGAUUUUUAGGUGAGCUAUUCCUUUACUUUUCAAUAAGGCAGCAUAGCAUUUUGACACUUGAGCAGAACAGACUUGAACCACCGUAAGUGUUUCAUUACCACAUGUCAGAUCAUAUCAAAACAGAUAAAAGUUUCUUCCGAAACUAACUGAAGACAAGCUCUUCAUCAACAUAAAGCUACUCCAGAAGUCUCUCUCAUUGUCUGUUUCACUUCCCAUAUGUAGCUAUUUGGAGGCAGCAUCAAGGAUGAAUUGAGCUAAUUGUUCAGUAUUUUUAUUUAUUGAUGAUUCGAUCAAUUCAGUUUGCACUUAUUAGUCUCAAAUUGUAGCUGAGCCUCCCGUUAUUUCAGUUAUAGUAAAAUAAAGUUAACACAAUUAAAAGUAAUUCUUUAGAACAUGAUUCAUUGUAACUCUUUGGGUUUGUGGUGGUUUUGAAAUAGAGAAUUCAAUGUUUUAAAGUACUCUGUUUUGAGUACUAAGAUCCAGACCUUGGCCCAGCAAAACACAUUGAGAGGAAGGAUAAUUCUGAUCCAAAAAUUAGCUUAUUCUGUUCAGUAUCUGCUCAAUCAUUUGCUCUUUGAUAGUCCUUUUUUAUUUGACUAAUAUUUAUCUUUUCCUAUCGGAACACGGUCAGAUAUCAGAGCAAUUUAAGGCAGACAUUUACAUUGAAGAGUAAGUAAAAAAGUAAAAAAAGUAAAAAAAAAAGUUAAAGUAUGAUACAAUAAAAAAAACCCUGCUAUUCUCACAUCCCUGAAGUGACAAUAUACCUGAGAGUGACAAAUCUCUGUGAGUUUCGAGAGUGUAUUUAUGUACAUCUAUGUUUUGUAAAGCUACGUAAAGCACCAUAUGCAUAUUCAGAGGUAAGAAUGUUAAUUAUUUUUUUAUAUCUUAAAAAGUAUGCCAGGCAAACAUAUUUAUUUAAUUUAGAAUUAUUUAUCUAUCUAGCUGUCUGUUAGUUUAUUUAUUAAUUUAUUUGUUGUUUCGUAUUUGAAUUAUUCAUACAAGUAGAUAACAUGUUGUUAGAUUAGUUGUUUUAGAGAUACCAAAGGAGGUAUGGGAGACCACAGAAUCUACCUUGGUAUUAGUUAAUGUCUUUUUUAAACUGCAGUUUCAUGUUGAAUAAUAUCUGUAUUUGAACAUAUUGUGCCAAAAAUAUAAUGAUAUCACUGAACUAUGUGCCAUUGGUAAAUGUUGAAUUUUAGGGCUAACAAUCAGCAAAAUGUAAAACAUAAAUGCAGCUGUUCUUUACAAUUACAUCAUGAUCAGUUCAGGGCUUGAUAAUAUUUUGUCUACAAGUACACUAAAAAAAAACUAGAUGUGUCAGUGUAUUCCCAAUGAAAUCCCAUUGUAUCUAUCCUAAUUAGUUGAAGGUGAUAUUUUAUAGUCUCUAACAUUUACUGCAGUUUUUCAUUGGAAAUUCAUAAAUCAGCUAUUUUUAUAACACAGUGUACUAAUAUAGUUAUGCAUAUUUUGUUUCUUGAUUUUAGCAUUUGCUUUCUAAUGGUUGUUUAUUCAGCCCUAAAAUGAAUUUAUCUCUCACCAACGAUACUGAUGUAGCUAUACAUUUCUGAUGUUAUGAAAAUUUUGCUAGGGACCUCCAAGAGCUGAGGUUUUUAUCUUACUUGCUGGGCACGGAUGUAGACCCAGUUUUUCAGAAUCUUAUUGGCAGCCAUAUUGUUCUGAGCGCAAGGCUUUGUGGGCCUUACUUAUUGUACAUAUAUUUUUUAGCAAAAAAGUGAUCCGAACUUGUAAUUUAGAAAUAUCUAAUGUGAGAUGGGUUGUACUUACUAUUUUAACUCCAUUGGAAACUAACAACAUCACAGUAGAUUUCAAUGUUUUGCCCGAAGCCAUAAUUGAAAGAAAAUAUUUUAUGGGUCAGGUACCAGUAACUUGUUUUUAAAGGAAAAUGUUUAGAGUAAUAAAUGUAAUAAAUGUGAUUUAUUUUUCUACCACCAAAAUUUUCCAAUUAAAAAAAAAGUGAAAAUAACUGAUUUAAAGAUUAUAUGCUACAUCGUUGCAACGUUUUCAUUUUGAGAGCCUUGCAGUUCAAUACAAUAUUGCUGCCAAAUAGUAAAUCCAAAUAAAAUCAGCAUAAUACACUCACAAUCACAUUUACAUACUUGUACUUUUAAGAAUGCGAUGAUGAACUAUAAGGACAUUUUAGACACUUUUCAGAGGAUCAAUCUAGUUUUUAACAUCUAUAUUUUGGUAUUGUGGUAUGAUAAACAUUUUGCAAUAACAGCUAAUGGAUUCAUAUCAGAUAUAUUUGUUUGAGUUGUUCAAGAGCAUGUUCUGUGAUACAAGUCACAGUGUGUGUAUUCAGAAAGGACUGGAUCAGCAGUGGGUUUACUGUCUUUCUCAGGCUCCAUCUCGAUAAACAUGCGCUAUAUGUGUAUUUAAACCAGGCUUGAGGAGAAAAAAAUCAUCAUCUUGUUGUAGGUGUGGGAUCAUAGAGAACUUGAUUGUGCCAUAAGUGAUUUUCAUCCACUCUUUUAAAAUAAGGUGUAGCUAUAGUGGAAAUUUAAAGGUACGGUAGCACGUACUAACUAGAAUCCUGUUUUGACUUUGAUUGCAAGGGGCCACUUUGGAGUGUAAUUGCCUGUUUUGUUGGUUGGUUGGUUGGUUUUAUAUCUUCCAUAAACCUUGUUAAUUUCAUUCAUCAAGGGAAAUUAACCUUUGAGUUACAUGUAAGUUAGACCCAGGUUAAAUGCACUUAAAUUGUAAUUGGGUGAGCAAUCAUCUGAAAGUACUGUAAAUCCCUAUGUGAAAUUUUUUUUUUUUUUUUUUUUAAUUGACCAAGACGUAUAAUGACUGAAUGUGACUAUUGACCUAAAUGGGAGAUAGUUUAAACCUUUCAGUUUUUUUUUUCGUUGUUUCCAAGAAAACAAUAUUGAACCUCUUAUUUAUGGAAUGCCAACUCUCAUCAGAUGAUUAUAAUUCAGUUUCUCAUCUAAAGCUGGGAAGGUAUUACACUUGAAGAGGGUUUUGCAGUGACCUUAUCAAAUGACCUGUAAACUUACAUUGCCAUAAUAAAGCUUAGGGUGAAGCUCAAAUGACUGUGAUGUACUGUACAUUAAUGUGAAUGUGUCUCAAAUGUGUCAGAGAACGAGGGCUGCCCAUGCAUGGACUCUUUACCAGAGACUGCAUUUCUGAAGCUCCUCAAACUGUCUCGCUCUCGAACCAUAUUACUCUCUGUAUGAAUGUACCACGCAGAGAUGGACUUGUAAAAUGCUCAGAUGAGGUGAUUUACACUCAAUGUUUUUAUCCUCCCUGAUGAAAAGAUGUGUUAAUGUUAAUGUUUCGUCUCAAGAAUUCCGAUUUCAAUUCGAUUUUUUGAUUGUUACUUUAUAUACAGUAUUUACAUUUUCUUGUAUGUAAUUCUGUGUAUGUACAUAACAUAUAUGAGUAUGCAGUUGUAGUCAGCUUCUCCUGUGUUUGUUUGUGUUGGCGCAACACACUACUUUUGCCACAGCCAUUUGUAGAAAGAGCAUCGCCUUGACAGUCAUUCCAUUAGAUGGACAUUGCAGUCUCUAUAAACAGAUCAGAGAUCUCAUAUAGUAUGUUGAUGUUGCAGUUGCAACCCUUCCCCAUUCUUACAAUGCAAAGCAGGCAUGCUCCAUGUUGAAUGUUAUUUUCGGUCAUAUAAAGUUUUGAAAAGAAAGGCUUGUAUAAUAAAAAUGAAUUUGAUUAAAUGUAAUGUCAAUAUUAAAACUGGAAAUGUCAUCAA